CAUGUUAUUUGAGGUGGAUGCAGCAGAAACGCAGUAGUUAAUGACUGGUGCCAACCUGACCAGGUGGCCUCGGGGAGCCGGGCAGUAUUGUGGGGGGACACUGCUGGCAGGCCUGCCUUCAUUUUAGAGGGCAAACACACCAGAAGACUCAGCAUUUGUUUACAGGUCCAGAUGGCGACAGAGUGGUAGCUUUGUCACUCAGGAAAUAAGUGGAAAUGAUAAAUGAUAAUGUUUUCUGGCAGCUUCCUAGAGGUUAGCAAUUCAACACUAUUUUUAAAAAAGCAUUUAUUAAAACGUGAAGCUGGCUGGGAUUAUAUUUUAUAUUGUUGUCAGGUGGGUAAACAAGGCUCCCUCCCACACAGUCAUGUAUUAGGGUCCAAGAAGGCCCAGAACCCCACACUCAGACACAAUGCUAGUGAAGAACAAUAUGGACCCUACAAAAAAAUACUUAAGUAUGAAAGUUUUAUAAGCUAUAUAGCCCUUUAGACAAGAAGAGAAAAUAUCCUGGGGUGGGGGGGGAUGCCCCUUGAAGUUUGACAGGUUUCAACUCCAAGGAAGAGAGAACACGUGUUAGCAGUCUUUUGGACUUGGUGUGGCAGGGAGUUGGGAUGGCCUCAUGAGCACAUAACACAGAUGGGGAGGAGAGGCCCUGGUGGAGCUAGAGGAUAUGCUUUGCAGGCUAAGUACUGGAGAAACAGAGAUGAUAAGCGAGCCCUAGUGGCCUUGGAGCACAGAUGGGGGCACGGCAAAGCACCAGUGGCCCAGGACCUGGGGAAGGGCCAGAGACCCAGUGGAGAAGGGCCAAGGGCCCCAAGGGAAGGGCCCAGGACCCAGGGGGAAGGGCCCCAGGAUGACUGCGCCCCCAUGAGACUGUGACAGGAAGACCAAGCUCUUAAUUUCAUUGAUUUUUUUCUGUUGUUUCGCUUUCAUGGAACUACUUCCUGUCUGUAUUAUUUCCUUCCUUCUGUCUCUCCUGGGCUUAUUUUGUGUGCUCUCUCUGGGUGCGUGUGAGGUGUGGGCCCCAGAUGACAGCACCUGGUGCAGCACACCCCGCUGAGUGGUGUCCCGCACACUGUCCUCUGCCGUUUCAUUUUCACGCUGGCCAGUGUUGGUUUUUUUCUCCUGGAGAUUAUGUAGAAGAGUGUUCUUUUCCGAGUGUUUGGAGAGUUUCCUGUGGUCUCUCUGUAUUGAUGUCUAGUUUGUGCUCAUGAAUCAGAAACACGGUCAGAAAACACAUAGCACAAUUUCAAUUUUUAAGCAUGUAUUGAAGGGCGCCGUGGACGGGAGCUGGUCUGUCCUGGCAUAUGUCCCGUAGGCACCUGAAAAGAGUGUGUGCUCUACUGUUGUUGGCUGCUCUGGAAAUGCCUGCUGGGCCCUGCUGGUCGAUAGCACUGUGGGGUCUUCCAUGUUGCUGGUCUUGUGCGGACUUGUGACGUCAACCACAGACAGUGGGUGAGGUGUCCCUCUGGAUUCCCCGUUUCGGCUCUUGCAGCGUCUGCGUGGCUGUUACCCUGUUUGUUGUGCUUCACACAUCUUGCUGCUCUGUUGGGUGCUCACGUGCAGGGCUGUCCUGCUGGCUUACUGGUUUGUGGGGGGCGGCCCUUCCACCCCUUCGCCUGACUCCCCUUCCUCCAGUGCCGGGGCAGCUUCCCCUCUGCCCGCCUGUGUUGAACAGUUGUGUGGUCUCACUCGUGCCCUGCCUGUGCCAUUACAUCAUGCCCAGGUGGUCUCAUGACACUGGCCGGAGGGGGCUCCAGCUGAUCUGGGGACCUGUCCCCACCAUGGCCUCCGCUGCACCAUGCGGCCUCCUCACUCAGCCUUUGCCGUCGAGUGUGGGGUGUGGCUGUACUUCUCUAUCAUGUUUGGGUGGGGUGGAGUGGUCGGGGUCUGAAAGCCUCUCUUCAAGCUGCCCCUCUCUGGCCUUUGGAAAGCAGGCUCUUUUUGGGAAAUGAACAGAACAGCUGGGGCUCCGGCACUGUAUGGCUCCCAAGGCCCAGGGCCCCACCCCUGGUCUGCCGUCUCGUCCCUCGGCGUCUUCUCCCAUCGCUGUCAUGUGUAGAGUCCAGGGUUUCGGUGGAACUCAGCCGGAGGGGUGGGGAUAUGCACACCCCUCUUCCAGGAGCAGAAGUCCAUGCUUGUUUUUUUGUUGUUUUUUGGGGUUGUUUUGUUUUUUGUUUUUUUGCCGUGUCUGCCUAAGUGCAGAGCCCUGGUUUGCCCUCCUCUGUGUACCCCGACUUCCGGGCUGGUGCUGGAUGCACAGGUGAAGCGUCCCUGAGCCUCAAUCUGGUCAGCCAUGCACCACACCCAUAGCGCCCACUUGUCCGCGGGCCCGGCCCUGGUGACACAGGUGCUGAGCAAGCCACAUCCAGACUUGUAGCAGGGGACGUGCUCGUGGGAGUCGGGUAAGCUGGGGCUUUCAGACAAGCCAGCUUGGGGAGCGGGGCUGUGGCAGCUCCAGUUCUGUGAGCCAGUGGUGAGAACAGAGAGGGACUCGGGUAGCACCUUUGUCCUCUCACUCGGCCCCUGCCUCCCCCGCCCACUCUCCCUGGGUUUGUGCUUAAAUCCUUCGCACACACAGAUGCAUGGUGGUUGUCCUUCUUGGCCCAGAACUAGCCUGCUCCUCCCCCCACUGCAGGCUGGCCAGUGUCAGUUGAGGGCUUGGGCUCCUGAGCAGCACCUGGCCCUGCUCCACACCUCCCCGAAUAAACGGCCUGGGGACGGGCCCACCUACAGGAAGGGGUGUGGGCCGGUGGCCACGUGCAUCACACAGCCCACUGCAGGAGUGUGUCUGGAGUGCCAUCCUUAGGAAGAGGUUCUGAUCUGCUCUCCACGGAGACACGUUCAGAGUCCCCUGUCCAUGGGAGCUGCCAUUUCUGGUGUGGGUUCACCUAGAGGCUGCAUGCCAGUGAGGGUGAGCUGGUCCUGGGGGCAGGUGACUGUAUUGGGGUUCAGUUUUUAGUCCAGGGGAGCCCACCCUGUCCCAGGCCCUGAGCCACAUCCCAGCAGCAGCUUCAGACCUCCAAGCUGCAGUGCUCACCACCACCCCCCGUUACCCUGGAGGGUGCCCCAGCCCCUCGCCGUUCCUGACGGGUCCAGCAUAUGCUCUUCUUGAGGCCCUUCCCAGACGCUUGUAAUCUGAAGUCAUGUUUGUCUCUCUUACUAGUCUCAUGGUUUCUUCAGGGCAAGGAGUUCAGUGAGCAUCUGCUGAUCACGUAAGGUUCAGAGAGGCCAGGUGCCGGCCAGGAACCCACACUGGCCAUCAGCAGCAGCCGAAACCCUUCCGCACGAUGAAGGAGCAAAAGCCGUUGCAAGGCGGUGUGUAUAGCAAGAUCCAUGGCUAUAAAACAGCAGAAGCACGAGAAGACAACCACAGAGGAGGCGGAGCACUGCAGCUUCGGGGCCGGCUCGCUGUCCCGCCGGAGGAAGGCACUGGCGCUGCGGGAGGAUGGCCCCCGCAGGCGCGCACACCUGCACAUCGGCCUGCCGCACGACUUCCGCCCCGUGUCCUCCAUCAUCGACGUGGACAUCCUGCCCGAGACGCACCGCCGUGUGAGGCUGUACAGGCACGGCUGCCAGAAGCCACUGGGCUUCUACAUCCGCGACGGCACGAGUGUGCGCGUCGCCCCACAGGGGCUGGAGAAGGUGCCCGGCAUCUUCAUUUCACGCAUGGUGCCAGGCGGCCUGGCCGAGAGCACAGGGCUGCUGGCCGUGGACGACGAGGUCCUUGAGGUGAACGGCAUCGAGGUGGCCGGGAAGACGCUGGACCAGGUCACGGACAUGAUGAUCGCCAACAGCCACAACCUCAUCGUCACGGUCAAGCCGGCCAACCAGAGGAACAACGUGGUGCGCGGUAGCCGUGUGUCGGGCAGCUCGGGCCGCUCCUCGGACAGCGCCGCCAGCCGCCACAGCCUGCCCGCCGCCCCCGCACUGCUGCACCUGCAGCCCGACGACGCCGACAGCGACGACGAGCCCGACGUGGUGCUCGAGGGCGUCCUGGAGCCGCGGCCGGUGCCCAGGCCGCCACCGCCACUGCCACCGGGCAGCCAGGCGCGGGUCAACGGCACGGGCCCAGCGCCGGGGCGGGAGGGCCCCGCGCACCGGCUGCUCAGCUCCCUGCGCGCGGACCCGCGCCAGAGCCUGGCCCUGCCGCUGCCCCCGGGCGCCGUGGAGGAGCACGGCCCGGCCGUCACGCUGUAGGCACACGGGACGCCCCUGCGAGACGCUUGUUAAGUGGAGUCUGAGUUGAAAAUCAGUACGGGAACGUAGACUUCACCCCUUUUUGUUUUGAUUCUCCCACACUCCGUGCUUGACUCGAACUUAUGGAUAGAAAAUACAAAUGCUAUUUUUAUAGAAUUUCUCCACAGAACAUAAAAUGCACACGCCUGCAGUCUGUACCCAGCCAGGUACACCUCCCGGCACUUUCCUGAUCAAGUGCAGAAAAUGUUUCAGUUUCAAGAAUACUUUUAUAAAUGAAGCUUUAAAAGUACUUUUUAAAGACAGUACAUCGUGUUUUUAAUGUGACUCCUGCAGACACAGCCAGUUUUUACUGCCUUGCACGCUCCGCUGAUGGGCAGGACGGCACCCGAACCUACAAGAUGUAUAACUGUAGACCAUGAAUUUCAAAUUUCCACCUUGCUGGUAGUUGUGUUUCAGAUAGCCAGGGGGUGUUGGAUUCCCAGACAUCCCUGGGGGAAAAGAGCUGGCCUGAAUCAGGGCCUCGCAGGCAGGUGGUCAGAGGGCAAAUGCCGGCUCUACUGGAUUGGAAGGUGAUGCUCAGCAAUACUUUUGUGACCAAAAGCCAAUAUUUACUCUGUCUUUUCCUGUGGACUGAUUGUAUCUGAGGGCAAUUUUUGAUAUAUUAUCAGCAGAAAGGAUGGAUAAGCCUACCCACACCUCCAGCCAGGCCUUUGAAAGCUCAUAGUCAUUUGGAUGUAUAGUUUCUGUUAUCUUUGUUUUUAAAUAACAAGUCACCUGGAACUUGAUUUUUAACAGAUUAAAUUCAUUGUCACUUCCCCUUGAUCUUCCAGCAAUAUUUAUAUAUUUAGUAAUUUUAAAGGUUUAUUCAUGUUUGAUCCAAUUUUAUAUGAAGUCUAUUUUGCUUGAAUCCAAUAUCGAGGAGAAAAUUACACUUAUACUUUGAGAACUAAACUUUGACCAAAUAAAGCUUUCAUAUUAAUACAGGUAAAAAUAUUUUUCUAGGAUGCCUUUCCUGGGAGAGUACACAGCUGCUUCUCCUGUGGUCCAGCACCCCCUGCUGGCCAGUGGCAAAACUGUCCUGAUUUAUGGCCGCUAACAAAUGGAAAACAGUACCUCAACAUCUUCAUUUUUCCUGAUUUCAUUAAGUGUAAAAGCCAAUUAUUUUUAUUUCUUUUGGAAACUAUUUAUUGGUCAGAAAUAGUUUUUAUUGAGUAGUUGUGGUCUUCUGCGCCUAUGUUUGAUUUUGUUAUUUGUACACCAGCCUCGCUGUUGGUUUUGUUCCUAAGCACAGGGAAGACCAAAGGUGCUCUCCCUUUGAGGUCUGGGGUGACAGUCCAAAUACACCCAAAUUUAUGUGCUCCAGUGAACUGUAUGAGCAUCUUUUCUGGCACACAAGCCAUCAGAAGUGGUUUUUUUUUUUUUUUUACUACAAUAAGUAUUAUAGAACCAAAACUCUAAUGCUAGUUACUAUCACAAAUGAAAUGUUCUUUUACUAAGUUAUUGCUGGUUAUUGAAUAUCUUGUUGAGUAACUGGAUCUGUUACCAAGAAGGAAAGUUAUAUUUCUUACCAUGUUUAAGUUAAGCAAAUGUGAAUAAUUUUUUAGUCAAAAGAAAAAAAAGCCUCCUCUGUGACUUGUAUGCUGUUGUUCAUAAUUUUAGGAAUUCUGAAUUUCUUGGAACAGCUGCUUGAGUGCAUUUUUGUACCCAUAUCUUUACUUCUGCCAUUUUCUCCUUAAACAAAAAAACUAUGUUGUAUUACACAUUAAAGUUUUCUUGGUUUUAUAUAUCAAAGAAUAAAAACUUUUUCUUUGCAUUUAAUAUUUUUCACUUGUGUUCUAAAUACUGGAGAGAUUAGCAGUGUUAGUGAUGAGCAGAAACUUGCCCCUCAGAAUGG